AUGCUCUUCUUCGCGCUGUGGAUGGGUACGCCUUCGCCCCACCUGCGUGAUGACAUUGCUGUAUACUCUCCUGCAAGUGGUGCUGUUGACCCCAUCGUCGUAAGACUCAAUGGAACCCUCGACUUUCCUUCUAUCUAUCGUGGCCCUCCUUCCCCAGAAAUUGAUGCCGCUUGGAACAGGAUAGGUCGCGAUGUGCUACCAACUCGGAUGUCGCUUGAGGAAAUUCUUAAAGCCGGCGAAAUAGAUUCGCCUUCCAAGGUCAAAUAUCCAGCCGAAUUUGGUGGAGGUUUCAUGGUGUCUAUGGAAGCCCCUCACCAACUCCAUUGUCUGAAUUUCCUUCGCAAAUCCACGUGGCCUGAGUAUUACGAACCCAUGGAUAUCUCGUUCCAAGACGCACCCGAAGUAGUCCGCAUGCAUCUUGAUCAUUGCAUUGAAAUGAUCAGGCAGAAUAUCAUGUGCAAUGCCGACGUGACGACGAUAACAUGGUACUGGGUUGAGGGACACAAAAUCCCAUACCCUAAUUUCAACACCCGCCACCAAUGCAGGGACUACGAGAAAAUCUUGGAUUGGGCCGUCGAGCAUGCUGUUCAUGUACCGGAAGAGGUGGUUACUCGUUUCGAAGAUACAGUCGACAUCCCCUUGCCCUUCCAUCUGAUGCACAAUGGUGUAUAA